AUGGAAUGCCCGGCCCCAUUCAGGAUACCCGAGGCGGCGAGGGAAGGGUUUAGUGACGGGGGCGCAUACGACGCGUACCGAGCGACGUACCCCAGCGCGGUGGUGGACUCAUUCCUGGACAAGAUCAAGGUCAAGGGUAGAGGGCGGGCGCGGAUCGUCGAGGUCGGGGCGGGGACGGGCAAGUUCACCGAGAGGCUGGUGGAGAGACAGGAAAAGUACGAGGUCGUGGCCGUCGAGCCGCUCGCCGGGAUGCGCGCGCAGCUAGCCGACAAGGAGCUCGGCGGCAGCGGUAGCCGCGUCAAGCUGGUGGACGGGCACGCCGGUGGGAUACCGCUCGAGGACGGGUGGGGGGACGCUGCGGUGGUCGCGCAGGCGUUUCAUUGGUUCGCGGACGAGGGCGCGCUCGAGGAGAUUGCGAGGGUAUUGAAGCCUAUGGCUGUGCUUGGGAUGAUUUGGAAUGUCGAGGAUUCUGGGGAGCGGGAUGCAGAUAACAAGCCAAAGGACUGGCAGGCCAGCACCAAGUGGGAGCAGAAGCUCAACGACAUGGUGCAUUCUCUGCCAGACGAUGGCCACCCGCGCUUCCGGCACUCCAAGUGGCAGGACGUCUUCACGAGCCAGCUGGCGAGCACCCCGCUGCAGGCGCUGCUGCGGGGUGGAGCAUCCGGAAAGACGCCCCGGUUCAGCCUACCGCUCGGGGAGGAGCGUGUGCCCUUUUCCAUAUGGCUGAGCGAGGACGAGCUCUGGAGGCGCAUGUGUACCCUGAGCCAGAUGGCCAUCAUCGUAAAGAAAGGCGGUGACGAGGCGCAGGAGCUGCGGAGGAGGUUCGACGAGGCGCUCAAUGGGGACGACGUGGAGAGGAACGAUAAAGGGGAGGUCAAGAUCCAUGGGCAAACGUACUUUGCAUGGACGGACAAGAUCGGUGGGUAUUAUUAG